UUCUCGAAGCCGUUUAAUUCCAUUGCAGAAGUCGAAAGUCGAUUCCAAAAUCGGAAGUCGAAAGUCGAAACUUUGUGGAUCCAUUCGUUCUCCUCACACUACUGCAGAAACAUCAAACCUCCGUUAGCCAAGUGAAUGGGUUUGUGGACCCUGAUUGAAGGACUCCUGCUUUUUGCAAAUGCAUUGGCUAUACUUAAUGAGGAUCGGUUUCUAGCUCCUAGGGGGUUGAGUUUUGAGGCUACAACAGGCAGGAGAAAGUCACUCAAACAGCGAGCUGUGGAAAUGAUAUAUUUUGCUCAGUACAUGAGGUUGCCCUUGAUUAUCACAAACAUUGUCAUCAUUGUAUUAAAGUUGGUCUCCGGAUGAGGUAAUGGAAAAUCAAGUUCAUUUUCAUUAUUCCCAUUGAACGUAGGAAUUACAUGCGAAUAUAUUGCAUAUGUUAUCUAGUUGUUUAGCCUUAAGUGUUUUCAUGAAUCAUGAUGAAUACAACUGUGUGACUAUUGUGUUUUAGAUGACAGUUGCAAAACAUUUAUUAUAUUGCUAAAUACAUUUGAUAGUCUAAAAUAGAUAGGCAUAAAAAGUUCCACAACUGUAUUUUUGUUUUCAAGCUUGGCAAUUGACUGUUGGCUUUUUAAUUUGGCUUGUUUGACUAGCCGGAAAUGUUGGCUUUUAAGCUAGCUAAAAACCCCUGCUGUUUAUGGAGAUGUUUGAGAAAUUUAGGUAUUGGCUAUUGGCUGUUUAUUAGAGAGAAAUCGAGUCAAUAAGCCAAAAAUCAACAAAAAGAAUAUUCUAUAUGGUAAGCACUAACUAUUACAAAAGGCGAGUGGUAGUAAUUCUUAAAUUUUUUUUCCACAAAAUAGCACUCAACUCUUAGAAAAUUAACUACAGUAACAUUAUGAAGGUAAAAACGUUCAAUUUCUAAGUUUUGGUAAAAGUCAUAAAUGCCCCUAAUAAAUCCCAAAUGUAAAGCCCAACUUAAUGGAAAUUAAACUUAACGAAAAUGUUACUGUAGUUAAUUUUUCAAGAGUUGUGUGCUAUUUUGUGGAAAAAAUUUGAGAUUCAUUUGGAGCAUUUAUGACUUUUACCAAAACUUGAAAUUAAACGUUUUUACCUUCAUAAUAUUACUGUAGUUGAUUUUCCAAGAGUUGAGUGCUCUUUUGUGGAAAAAAUUUUAAGAAUUGCUACCACUCGCCUUUUGCCAUAGUAGAUGCUUACCAUAUAGAAUAUCCCAAAAAAUAAAUGGGGGUAGCGUUUUUGUUUUGGCUUAAAAGCCAUUUACUAAACACUUUUUGGCAGUUUGAUCAAUUAACAAGCCAAAGCCAACCAAAAAGCUAAGCAAAAAGCCAUGAACCAAACACGCCCAUAUAUCCGGAAGAUGGUACUUUAUUUUGGUCUGUUAGUUCUCUGUUUGACAGAAAGGUUUCUUAAAUAUGUUAUGCUAGAUCAUAUCUAAGACAAAAAUACAAUGAGCUUUACCAUUAGAUUCUAGAUCAUGUGCUGAUGCACGCCUUGUCCUUAAGUUCUGGAGACCUUAUAAGUACAGCACAUUGAAUAAUAUUAGACCUAUAUCCCAUAAAUGCUGAGACAAACAUCAAGCGCAGAUAAGCAAGCAACGAUGCGGUGCAACUACACACGAUUUCCUGUGGAUCGUUCUAAGUGACAGCUGUGGUACUUGUACAUACUGUAUUAGUGCAGUUGUUUUUGACCUUGAAAGUGGUGGUUGCAUCUUGCACGGAUGCUUAGAUUAGAGAUAAGAUAGAGAUUUCAUAUUGGACAGUGAAGGAUCUUCAGUCUUUGAUCUUUGAGAAUGGAGACCAAGAAAUUUAUGCUAAUUUCAUCAUCCACUUCAAUGCUGUACAUCCCUUGUCAUCACCUCUUUAACUUAUCACGAUUUUACAAUUGUAAGUUAGUUGUUCUGUUCAAGUAUAAACUUAUUUUUAAUAUUGUCAUUUGUCAAUUCUUGAUUAUAGUUGUUAAAAUAUUAGAAGUAUUAAUGAGUAUUAUUGCUCUUGGCUUGUUGGCGCCCUAAAACUAAAACUGAAAGUAUGAUCAAUAGCGAUAGUAGUUUUAUCAAUUUUAAUUGUUAUUUGGUCUUUAAUGUUAUUUAUUUGCUUGUUAUUAUUCUAAUGUAAAUACAGUAUGAUUUUUUUUUUAUGGAUGUAUUUGUUUUA